UUUUUGCAGUUUGGUUAUUCUUUGUUUCUCGUUUUCUUCAACAUUCAACAACGCUCUUUUCCUUUUCCAUCUUCCCUCCGAUUUUUGCAUUCUUCUUUGCUUAUUCAUCAGUUUUUCACCAAGCAGUUGAAUUCUUUUGGGGCAUAUACACAAGGCAAGUUAGUUUCUGGAGUAGAUAGAAUUGCAUGUGUUUUGCAGGGACAUGGCAACACAUGACAUGGAUCCUGAUGUUGUUCGCUGGGGUCUUCAUCUCCUAGAUGGUUGCUCAUUUACCCAUAAUGUUUCGCCUAGUGUCAUAACUCGAUAUGAUCCAGAUUUAAGUCAAGUCGAAUAUGUUAGAGAAGGCUUCUGUCAGCCUACAUAUGUGGAGAAUGAUGAGGCUGUUGCACGAGCCUAUCAAGAAGAGUUAUCACAACUUGAUUCCAUUGAAGCUUCUGGGAUGUCUAAAUUUGAGAACGAGCAAGAACGAGCAUCCAUUUUAUCGCAAGAUUGGCACUCUUCUUCCAAUGGAAACUAUAACUACGAUUGUCAACAACAUGUAGACAGUGAGUCUUGCAAGAACUCCGUAGAUGAGCCAUACAAUAUGAAAGAAGCGGAUAAUUAUGGUCCAAGUGAAAGGGAAGAUGAUGGUCAUGAAAUUGGAGUUUUCGGUUCGUCUUCUGGGUCAGGAGAGAUGCCAGUUACCGGUGAUGACUUGUGGCGUUCAUUGGAAAUAUCAGAUGAGUCUUCUCUUGAUGGUGAAGUAGGAAAAAGAUUAAAUCAGAUGGUUCCCAUUCCUCAUAUUCCUAAAACCAAUGAAAAAAUACCAUCUGAUGAUGAGCAAAUAUCAGAUCAUCAAAGGCUACUAGACAGACUGCAGUUAUAUGAUCUGAUUGAGUGUAAGGUUGAAGGAGAUGGUAACUGCCAGUUUCGUGCUUUGUCAGAUCAACUCUAUCGCUCUCCGGAUCACCACAAAUUUGUGCGGGAGCAAAUUGUUCAACAGCUCAAGUCUUACCCAGAAGUAUAUGCUGGUUAUGUUCCUAUGGCUUAUAGUGAUUAUUUGAAGAAAAUGAGCAAGAGUGGUGAAUGGGGUGAUCACGUCACGUUGCAGGCUGCUGCAGAUUGGUAUGGUGUCAAAAUUUUUGUUCUUACAUCCUUUAAGGACACAUGUUACAUCGAGAUACUUCCACAGAUACAGAAGUCUGAAAGAGUGAUAUUUCUGAGCUUUUGGGCAGAGGUGCAUUACAACCCAAUCUAUCCAGAAGAAGAAUUGCCUUCAUCCUCUGUAAGGAAAAAGAAGAGAUGGUGGAAUUUCGGUGGCUAGGAUCAGUGCACAAUGGAUGCAACUAUUUCACGCAUCAACUUUGUGAGGACUAUUUGAGCUUUUAUUGCAGCAGGAGCAUAUUUAUACCUUUGAAAUACUGCCUGUGCUAAAAGCCAGAGUUGGUACCUCGAUCCCUUUCAAUGUUUAGUGUUGUUGCCAACACUAACAGAUUCCAUUAUUUUGUAUAUAAACAUUUUUUCCUUGUAUAGUAUUUAUUCUUUUGUAUAUAUUUUAUGUUUCCUAUUUUUACAUA